AUGCAUCACGCACAAGCUACAAAGCUGAUGCCCAUAUGUAAUCGAUGCUUACAAUAUGGAUUACAUAGUAGAGCCUUUCGAGUUCUCUCACGAAAGUCGUUUCGCUUGACGGAUUUAUUAAGCAGUCGUAAACCAGCUUAUGUUUCAAGUCCUAUCUUUUAUGUCAAUUCUGUACCUCAUAUUGGACAUUUGUACUCGAUGCUGUUUGCCGAUGUGAUGAAGAGAUUCUAUGAAUUGCAAGGGAGGCCAGUUAUAUUCUCAACUGGUACAGAUGAGCAUGGACUCAAGAUCCAGCAGUCUGCCAAAAAGGCUAAAAAACCGCCAUCUGUAUUCUGUGAUGAGAUUUCUUCCUCGUUUGUGUCAUUGGCGAAGAAGGCAAACGUCUCAUAUACAGACUUUAUACGGACGACAGAACCUAGGCAUUACAAGGCUGUCGACGCAUUAUGGACUCGUUUAUGCGAUGCUGGAUUCAUAUACAAAGGACACCACGAAGGAUGGUACUCGAUAUCGGACGAGACAUUCUAUCCACCAUCUCAAGUCGCGGACGAAACGCAACCUGAUGGAAGUGUGGUCAAGAUUGCACGAGAUUCAGGACAACGUGUAGAAUGGACUCGAGAAGAGAAUUACAAGUUCAAGUUGGGGAGUAUGCGUAAUCAGUUGUUGGAGUGGUUGCAGAAUAAUCCUACAGCAAUCGUACCACAACAGAAAUGGGAAGAAGUCAUCGAACACAUCAAAUCCCUAACAGAAACACCAGACUCUGAUCUAUCCAUAUCUCGUCUGAAAUCACGAGUAGAUUGGGGCAUCCCUGUACCCAACGAUCCAGACCACGUCAUCUACGUAUGGCUAGACGCACUUACCAACUACCUCACUGUAACUGGAUACCCAUGGACGGAAUCUGUCUCUAAAAAGGACUAUUGGCCCGCAGAAUGCCACAUCAUUGGCAAAGACAUUAUCAAAUUCCAUGCUAUAUAUUGGCCUGCUUUUCUAAUGGCUGCUGGACUACCGCCUCCCAACAAGAUCAUUGUGCAUGCACAUUGGUUGAUGGGUCGUUUCAAGAUGUCAAAGAGUCGUGGAAAUGUGGUGGAUCCGGUGAAAUUGUUGGAUGAGUUUGGAGUUGAUGCUGUUAGAUACUUUUUGAUUCGUGAUGGCGGGAUGAAUCAUGAUGCUGAAUUCUCAAUGCAAUCGAUUAAGACACGCAAAGUAAAUGACUUGGCUGAUCAGUUGGGCAACUUUGCUAUGAGAUGUACAGCUUCGAGUAUAAUUGCUGAUGGAGUGGUACCGCAACUACCUCAUCCUUUUGCCAUACCAUCAUUCAAUCGUGAAUUACGAGAAUUCGGCAGUAAGACUCCUGUUUACUUUGCCUUACAACAGCUCUAUGACCUCAAAUCCUCACUCACAUUCCUCACAAAAAAUACUUUUAAAGCUGCAGUUACACAUUCAGUCCGAAAAGGCCAACUAGGUCAAUACCUCGAGACCGUAUCCCGUCUAAUAGUACAAGGAAACAAGUACUGGCAAGACAGUGAGCCAUGGAAAAUGGAUCAGAACUCGAACGAGUUCAAGACGUGUGUCUAUGUUUCAUUGGAGAUAUGUCGACUUGUCGGAAUAGCUUUGCAACCGGUUAUACCUGACGCGUCUGGUGCAUUGCUAGAUGGAAUGGGAGUUGGGAAGACACGUAGGAGAUGGAAGGAGUUGGUGUUUAGUAGGAAGGAGGGUGGUCGACGAUUAGGAGAGAUGAAGCCGAUUUUUCCAAAGACUUGA